AUGCCCAUUCCUACACGCUCGGCCUCGCUGCGCGAGCCACGUAAACAGACCUUCAAUAUAGCACGACCUACCACGAAACCAUUACCUACGGCUGGAAGAGGAACGACGCAAAAUGAAAAGAGCCGCCCACCAUCAAAUACCUCGCUGGUCGAGGCCCCAAAAGACACUGGGUCUCGAGGGAGAACCCAGCUUCCUCAACGAAGUACCCUGACAGACCGUCCAGCGGGGCGGCUUCAGCCUAGCAAGCUCCCACGCGGGGAUCCUUCGCCAACAAGACGAGAGAUAUCCCCAGAGAAGAAGCCGGGACAAUCAGAAUCUUUGGCUGCAAAGCCUACAACAAUACUCAACCGCCGACAAAGCCUCAUGAGGCCGGCAUUGAAGCUCCCCGCUAAACCUAUUGUCCCAUCAAAGAGCUCAACUACGGCCUCGUCGCCUCGAAAGCCGCCAACUCGAGCUCCUGUCCAGCCCCCUCCCACCAAAAGACCUUCCUCGCCUAAGAAAACGGACAUGCCACCUCCGUCACGGCCAACUCGCUCUUCUUCCCUCAGACAGCCUGUCAGUGCUACAAAGACACCACCUACGGUCAGAGGCCAUGCCAGACAUCGGAGUCAAAUGGUGUCGAGUACAAAGACUGAACCAAGGCCUCCAUCUCCUCAGAAGUCCCGGGCUCAAUUUUCUACAUAUCAACAGCAUUAUUCUCCCAAGAAAAUCUCUACACCUUCGACUCCUAACGCGGGUGAAACUGAUCCGAGCAGUCUAUUAAUUCCUUCGUCAUGGCCGGACAUUACCGCUCUGCAAACAGAACUCCUUCAACUCAGCUUGUUCCAUUCCGAUGCAUUACAGAGGCAGGCUGAGUGGAAGUCUGAUUCAGAAACUCGUCUGCGCAAGAAGUACGACGGAGUUGCUCGUCAGUACCGUUCUUUGGUAGCAGAUGAAACCCGACGGCAGUGUGAGCUCAAUGCACAGGCUCUUGAUAUCUGGCUUUCCAAUUGCCAGGAGCAUCGUGGUCCGCAUGAUUCCUCUGAGCAGAUUCAAAUCCUAUCACAGGUCCUUCAGGAGAUCUCCAACAUGGUGUCCUCCGAAGGGAGUGGAGAGUAUGCCUCUGCUGUGGCGGACUUUGAGGAUUGGAUCGAGCAAGCCGAGCUUAUUCGUCAGAACCGUGAAGUGGGCCGGACUGAUGCUGGGGCCUUCAUUGAUCCGUUACCCCGUAGCUGGAAAGAGAUGCUUCGAGAACUGACUCUCAGACUUGAGCUUUGCACACGCCAUCUGCAAUCCCUGGACAUCCUGGGCUUCGGUGAAAUUGAGCAGCUGGGGGAGGCUGCCCUUACAAGGGUGAUUCUGAAUCUCGGUGAAUUGAUACAGCUCAUGGUACAGGAGAUCCGUGUAAUUCGGACACUUGAGGCUCAAGCUGUGCAAUUCGAGAGAGAUUUUAUCAGUCUUCUCGCGACGAAGCUCGCGGGGUCUCCGACUGAGAUGCGAGGUUCUCGUGUCGGGGUGUGGAACAGGUAG